GCCGCCGGGAAGAGGAGGAGGAGGAGGAGGAGGGAGCCGGUGCCGGUCCAGGCAUCAUGGCGGCGUCGCUGUGGAAAGGGCUGGUGGGGAUCGGCCUGUUCGCCCUGGCCCACGCCGCCUUCUCCGCCGCUCAGCAUCGUUCUUAUAUGCGAUUAACAGAAAAAGAAGAUGAAACACUGCCAGUAGACAUAGUUCUUCAAACCCUGUUGGCCUUUGCAGUUACCUGUUAUGGUAUAGUACAUAUCGCUGGCGAGUUUAAAGACAUGGAUGCCACUUCAGAACUAAAAAAUAAGACAUUUGACACAUUAAGGAACCAUCCAUCUUUUUAUGUCUUUAAUCACCGUGGUAGAGUAUUGUUCCAGUCUUCAGAUACAGUGAGUUCUUCAAACCAAGAUGCUUUGUCAUCCAACGCAUCACUAAAGUUACGAAAACUUGAACCUCUGCGCCGUUAAGGUUUUUACUGAUUGUAACAGUAGAACAGGACGCGAAGCUGGAAAUUGGGAAGUUUGGGGUAUAAAACACUUUUUUUAAUUUCUGGAGCAGUAUUUAUAUUGAUCUCCCAGACUUUAUAAAAUAGGUAUAACUAAGGACCUUCUUUGUACACUGUUAAUAAAUGAAUUGUGAAUUAGGAAUGCAGUGUAAAUUAUUGCUACAAUUAUGCUGUGAAACAUUUCUUUAAUCUGUCAAACAUUAAACACUGUUUCAGGUAAUUUUCAGUUAAAACACAAUUCUUAUCUUUUGAAAAGACAAUUUUAGUGGAAAAAAGUUUCUUUGAGGACAGAGGAAUGGCUUUUGACAUAUUUAUUUCUUUGGUUUGCUUGCACUACAAUAUCUGGAAUUUUUGUGGGAAUACUGUUUGGACUGCAACUUGCAGCCAAAAGUGAGAAAAAACUGUGGGACUUCAUGUUCUUAACCUCAAAUAUCCCCACUGGAGUGUUUCUUUUGGAGACAAAAAGUGAUUCCACUUAUUCUGAGGUUGUGCCACCCUCCCCUGACAGUGGUAAAAUUUAAGCUCCUACCACGUUUUUGAUGUCUUUACACUCCCCCAUUAACAGAAGAUAACCGUUACGUUUCCCCAACAUUUGUUUGGGUACGAACAUUUGUUUGUAUUGCAGUUGGUUUAUGUUGCCGAGCACUUCAUAGCAGAGAUGAGUUUCUUUUAGGAUAAAUAAUUUAACAUGCUCAAUUUUUAAUAAAGUAUUAAUAUUGCUAUUUCAUUUGUCUACAAAACUUGUACUAAUUGGUGAAAUUGUUUUUCAGUAGUAAGAGAACACUGAUCAAAGGUUGCCGAUUCAGUUCAGUUGCCUUUGCUACAGGACUGUUAACUUUUGGGGGAGGAAAAUUGGUUAGGAAUUGCUGAUUUUCAGCUUAUUCAAAAGACUUGUGUGAAAAGACCGUAUUAACCCCGUGAGGUUAGUAAGUCGAGAAGCAAGUUCCUUUUAUGGGAUCCUUUGUUUGAAAAUCGAAUAAAAGGGAGCAACUGGGCCUAAAUAGGACAGAAAAUUUAAAUCAAGCUCCCCUUCUCUAGCCACUCUAUUUUAAAAAUAGAAGUUAAGAUAAUGAAACUCUGUCCUCCAGUCCAUAGCAGAUAUAUACCAAAUUUCCGUCUUUCUCGCACACUUUGAAAUGGAACAUGAAUUGAGAUGACCUUUGACCGCAUUUGUUUCUACCGUUAUAAAUUUAACAUUACUUUGGAGAACGCCUGCCCGUAACUGUGAAUUUUAGAAAGUUUUCCACUACCCUCUUUUCUCCAUAACAAAAUGUAAUAAUUGUUUCAUUUUAUAGGUCCAAAUGAAAUUAAUAUUAGAUUAAGAUGAAGAUGAAUUAUCCUUUGAAUGGAGACUUGCUCUUAUUCUUACUCUUUCACUUAAAAAAAAAAAAAAAUCCCAAAAAGCCAACAUCCCAAAAGCAAACCAGUCCUGCGCAUCAUGUAUGUAUCCUGCCUAGGAAUCCGAAGCCCCCAGAGUGUGAGAUGAUGUUUUAUUUAAUUAUAAAUUUUAUGCUAGAGUACAGUCUGUUUUUACGAAAUGGCCUCAUUUGUGAUGGAAUCAAAGAUGGGUACCUGCUAUGAGCCAAGACAACAGUUCUGAAAUUAGCUUAAAUCUUAAAUGUGGUUUGAGAUUAUUGAUGGUGAAUUACAUUGGAGCGUUUCCCGGCUGCUGUUGUCUGUGAAUGUCCUUUUCCUCAGCAGGAAAUGUAUUGCUUCUGGCCUUCCUCUUUUCCCUUCCUUCUCCUCUCUUUAUAUUCAAAGAUUCCAGUUUUUAUUUUCCAGGAUAUUUUAAAUCUAUCUGGUGAGAAACGAUUCUCACUUUGGAGACUGUCAUUGUUGUGAAAUACUCGGUCGAUCCAAGUCAGUGGCGUCGUACCAUUCCGGUCUAAACAAAUGUCAAGUGCUGAACAGUUUCCCGGGUUUGUUUGUUUUUUUCUCGCGCUCUCUCCUUACCAAGCACUUAAAUAAUGCACUACCCUGUUAUGGCUUAGCCAUCCUCUGUGACAUUCAUUGUUGCAAACAUGCCUUCUCAGGCAACGAGAGCCUGCACCUCCCUGAGUGACAAGAGGGCUUCAUUGGCAAAGGACUGGACUUGCAGUUACCUAUUAUGUGUCUAAUUUUUGGCUAGCAAGCUGCUUCGAGCCAGUUAAACUUCGGAAUCGCUAUUUUCUCCUUGCUUGAAGUCUCUCAAUCUUCCCGAGUCUGUAAUUUAGUCCUGAAGCUGGGUGAAUCAUGACACUUGUGCCAAAAUGGAACAGCUAAUGCAUCUGGUGACAUGACUGCCGACCCCUUUCUACCAUGAUCCAUCUAUCUAGCAUGGGAGACAGUGACACUUUAACAAUUAAGAGGAAUGUUGCAGAACGCUUAAGCUAGAAAUGCCUGCAGUUGUUUGCAGAAACCAUCUUUCUUACAGGGCCAUUUGGCAGCGGGUAUCGGCUUUCUGUGGUCCUUUGGAUCAGUGCUACUCUCCUUUUAGGUAGAUGCCCGGGGAGCCAGCUCACUGGUUCAGUAAUUCUGCACCAGAGGUCCACUCCAUGCAAAAAUACAAAUGCAGCUAGUGUUAAUCUUGGGAUGAAUAUGUUACGUGACCCGCUGGAGGGGCACGGUUUUGGUUUCUCAAACUCUUCGAUUGACGGUUUGGGAGAUUUCAGACAGAACCUUUCCAGCUGUAUUUUAUCUAAUUCAUUAUGUACUGGGUAGCCUUCCACGUGAGCAUUGACCACUGUGUCAUCAAGCUGUACAAAUGUUUGGGUUGGUGGUUUUUUUUUUUUUUUCCUUUUGUUAAAUGAUCUUGCCAUGUCCAAUAAAGAACAGAUAUCCUUUCUCUGCUCCCUGAA